CUCACAACUCCAGUGACGUGCGAAAAUCAAUCAAUAAGAUGUCAGCUGUUACAGUAAUCGCCAACUGUGUUCAUUAUUUAUUCAUUGGUUCAGCUGAACGAGUCUGAAUUCUCUGAUUCCAGCAUCUCACAUGUGUUUCUUCCAGAUAAAUUCAUCUUUGGGUCGAGGAUAUUUUUAGGACGUCGUCUCAUUUCAUUUGACUUUGAUCGCAGAUCUACACGCAUCAUGCAGCCGGAUCAACAUCCCCUGACUGAUUAUGAGACGUGUGACAGACCAAACAACUGAUCAGCUACUGCGAAACAUCAACAAUCUCUAUUUUCAGCCCGUUUUCAAAGAUUAAAAGGAACUCUGGUUUGAUGUCUGGCUCGGUCUCGUAUCCAUGGCUGUGUGGACACAUCAGUCUGGUCUGUGGACUCCUCCUCCUGGCCUCCUCGCCGCUGCUGGCCGCAGGCCGGUUCGGUAACUGUUCCCACCCGCUGGUGCCCGAACACGGAGGCUUCCGCUGUGAUCCGUCUCCGUGUCGAGGGUUCCCCCACAAGAGCUCCAUCCACUUCUUCUGCGAGCCCGGGUACCACUUCAACACCAAGGCCCGCAUCUCCAGGUGCCGCCAUGGCAAGUGGCAGACCCCGAUACCGGCCUGCGUCCCCAACAAACAGAACUUAAACUCUGACGACAUGGGCAACGACUCGAUGCCCAGCAUGGCGACGACCGCGGUGGGCGUGUCCAUCUUCCUGCUCACCACCACCGCCUGCCUGGUCGUCAAGUCCCGCCUCUACCCCUGCCAAUCACACGGCAGCCGUCGCUCCUCAGACCAGCUCGACCUGAUGGUGGACGGACUUCCUGUCUCCCUCCCGUCCUACGAGGAGGCGGUGUACGGCAGCUGGGGGCAGCGCCUCCCCCCCUGCUCGGUGCCGGGCCCCACCCAGCUCCUGUUAGCUCAGGAGGCUCCCGGCUGUCACCAGACAUCUCAGUCGGACGGCAGCCAUCGCCCCCUGCUGUCCAAUCAGAGCCCCGACAACCCCCCGCCCCCUUACGAGGAGGUCCAAUCAGCACAUCCCAGAGACAGGAUGAGUGACGGGGGCGUCCGGCAGCUACAUGUUGCGCUCUCAGACGAUAAGGACACUUGAUUGACAGACUGUGGCGUUCAUGUGUGGCACAUGUGUGGUGUUUAGCGACGACGGCUCGAUUUUGAUUGACAGCUGUUUGCUGCAGCACAGUGAUCAAUCUGCAGGCCGACGACAGCUGACAAACACACACAACACGACUGACGGCAGAUUCCUGUGCUGAAUGCACUUUUCCUGGUUGGCUGCAGCUCACCAGCACCGGGACGCUCUGUCCUAUCACAUGCUCUUUAGACUAAGCUGAUAAGCUCUGAUUGGCCAGUUGUUACGUCACAAAGACCCGAAUGAAGAGGACUAAAGUUCAUUAAUUGAUGAAAUGUUGAUCGUAUCGUGUGUUGAAUGAAUGUUUUGAGUUUAUGUGCUGUCAGGUGAAAACCUCGUGUCCAGAACGUCUUCAGGGAAAGAAAACUGCCUUUUUAAAUUUGAUUGGUUAAACAGAUUGAUUGAAAAUCUUCAGUUUAAAGCAGCUUCAAGGAACUUUUUAGUUGUGUUGAUUCUGGCGCCCCCUGUGGAUAGAAGCGGUAUGAGCGCCAUCUUAAUCUGGCUAGUGAGUGAAUUUGUUGAAGGACGAGGUGAAAGAAAAACUUUUCCUCUUUUUUUAAAACCCAUUUACAAGAAGUGCUAUUUGUAACAUUAAAGGAACAGUUCAACUCCUUCAUAGUUUCAUAUUCCACAAAACAUUUCCGGAGUUUCACGGUAAAAUCAGCAGCUGGAGAAUUGUUUUAAAACGGCUCCUUCAGCUCAUCGAGCUCCUGGAAUGAUUUGAAAAAACUUUAUUUACACCAGGCGGAAAUCUUCUCUGUAGCCGCUAAGCUAAAAGCGUUAGCAUCUGGAGUGGGUACACAUGCUUGACUGCAUGUCAAGUGUGUAAAUAACAUCUUUUUUUAAAAAUCAAUUUGGGAUCUCGGGCUUCUGUAGACUUGAGUUAUGCAGAGCAAACAGUUUGGGAUCAUUUGAUAAUAAUGUUUUUUAGUCCCCAGCUGCAACUCUGUUUUUCUGCGAAGCUCCAGAAAUAUUUUUUUUUCGGGUGAACUGUCCCUUUUAAAUUUAGACUGUUUCACAACCAGUUGAAAAGUUCCUUGCAGUAAUUAAAGAAUAUCACGAGGUUUUCACAUGAGAGCGGUCACUUAAAGUGUAAGUGCCUGUGUGUGUGUGUGUGUGUGUGUGUGUGUGUGUGUGUGUGUGUGUGUGUGUGUGUGUGUGUGUGUUUUCAGUGUAGUUCUGGAGACGUGGUCCAUCCUUCCCGUCAGUGACGGGCCCGAUCGAGGCUUCUGUGUGAAGUCAGUUCCGUGCUGUUGACUUGUGUGCAGCGACGUCGACGGCAUGUUGUGUGUUAAUUUAAACAGAUGUUAAUUUAGUGUCUGGAAACCAAACACACAGUCUGUAAAGUGUUUCUCCUGUGUUCAUUCAGUGCUGAGUGAAGUCAAGAUUAGAUUCAGUUCGAUGUGCAGUAACGAGAAUCUCUCUGUUUACUGACACCAGAUCAGUUUAUAGCCCCGGUGGCAUCGCUGCAGACACGAAGGUGCUUUAAUCUGAACGACAACUUUCAUUUCACAGCCUGCAAAAAUACUCACAGUCGGACCAAAUUCCCUCAAAUCAGCUGAACGUGAUCAGCGAUCAAUGAGCGAUCUGAUCCUGCCUCCACCUGCUGCUUCCCUCUCCGUCACUCUUUGACCUCUGCAGAGCAACUGACGCCUUCACAGACCUUGAAUGUAUUCUCUGUUUUAUUUUGUGCCAACAAAUUUAAAUAUAUGGAUUGUAAUACUUAAAGAUUAUUUGUACAUUGUAUUAUUGCACAGAAUUAUAUGAUGAAUAAAUGUUGAAACGUUUCUUUGUC